AUGUUAAAUUACGAACUUCGUGAUAAAUUUCUAGCCUACAAAUUACGCUUCCACUACAACGUGACGCCAGUAAAUGUCGAAGAACUGAUAAAUCAGUUAGCCGAGCCUCUGCACUCAGUAUUGCUUCGUCUUCGUGAUGCCGCUGUCAAGGCUGGGUUAGUGGCUGUGACCAAUCACCAAGGCUCUAUCGCCAACACGAGAGUUUGUCGAAUUCGUCUUGGAAAAUCUGGUUCUGGUAUGCUUAUUUUAUAUUUACUUUACUUCCUUCAGUUUUGUCUACAUAUUUCAUGGUUGUUUGACCCUAGAGAAGGUGUCUUUCUAGUAUCUAUGAUUCAACUUUGA